AUGACCCCAACGACUCGAGUCGUACAGCUGCCCAGGUGUCGGUCGACACCGUCGAAUUCUGGGAGGACUAUGGCCAAGCGGAGGCACCGGAUGUUCUCGCAGCCCUCCAAGGGAAUUGGUACACGAAGGACGGUGGGUAUCGAAUCGGUGAGCUUUGCGGUCGAAGCAUCCUUUGGGAUGUUUCCUGGAACAUGCGCCCACCUAUUGCCGUCCUGA